CAAUGACGACCAAACACACGCGCUUCACCACCACCACCGCCGACGACACCGCCCGCCGCGCCAUCACCCAACGACAUUGGCGCCUUCUUGGAUCAUGUACAGCUAGCUCUUAUUGACAGCACUGGACUCUUGCGCGCUUCUGGAAGACACCCAGCGGGACGAGUAUCGAGCAGCGUAGCAACGCGCACCCCCACGGCGUAACAACCAGACACAAUGGCUGCGAGAGGCAAGGCGAUGCCUGUGGGCUCGUCGCAAUGGAUUCAGAAUGAGCGCGAGCAAGCGAGCGAGUUCGUGGAGCAGGACGUCGAGGAGUUCUCGUAUAGUGUGCGCAACGAGCUCGACUGGCUGAAUGAGCACAUGGCAGACAUCUUCAGCAAAUCACAUGUUAAUUUUGCCGACAUGUUCAAGACGCCUGGCAAGCUACGCGGCAAGACGCCGCGAACUGCGCGAAAAGUGAACGCUCUCGCACCGCGCCAACCACUAACUGAUAUAUUUGCGCCCAACGCACAGCCUACAGCGGCGUCACCUGCAAAGAACACGGCGUUCUUCGAGAAGGUCACGCAAUUCCAAGUUCCAGCAACGGACGAGAACAAAUCACCACAACACAAGCCAGCCGGACGAGCGACAAGUCCGCAACGGAUUGGAAAGCCGUACCCGUAUACUGAUUCCGGAUACCAUGGAAUGAUGACCGAGGACGAGAUGGAGCUGGACGCGCAGAGAACCGCGAGUGUUACAUCGUCGUCGCAAGUGGGUGAGCAUAUUCCGCAAGUCCCUGUGCAUGACGAGGAAGCUCCAGUGGAGCGUUUACAAGGAGGAAGCGGAGACGACCAUGUCAUUAGUGACGACUCUUUUGUCUCGGCCGAAGAGCAAGGUCACGGAGUGGAAGCAGGCCAGGACGAGGUAAUGGAAGACGCGCCUGGCGACACCCAGCCAUAUACUCACCAAGAGGAGGUCGCAAUGGUUGCCAACGCGUUGCAGCAAGAAAAUGUGAUCGAAGUGUAUGAAGAUGAGCGCAUGGAAGAUGAAGGGGUCAAGCCAGUAGCAUCCCAACCGGAACCAAAGGAAGCGCCGUUGCCCGUUGCACCCGACAACGAGGUGGAUAUGGAGGCUGAAGGUGCAGAUGAGCACUCUGAUGCUUCUAGCCCAGAGAAGCCAUUGAACCGCAAGAGUAGCUUCACAUUCUCGUCAUUACCAGCGCGUGAGCCGCUGGGCUCAAAGCGCAGCAUGGGCCAGAUGGAUCUGCACAGGAACAGCGUGUUCAACAAGUCGAUCGGCACACGACAAACGGAAAGUCAGCACACAGAGGAUGGGGCAGCCGAAGGAAGAACCCAUGGUAAGACCACAGCACAGACUCUUCACGAUCGGAUCAACAUGCUGGGCAAGACGAAGGAAGCACGGCCAUCGAAAAGCAUUCACCAAAUUGCGUCCUUGAGCCAGACUGGUUAUCCGCAGUUACCGACGAUUGAUCAAGACAAAGAGCAGGCAAACGAGCCUGACGUUGAGAUGCAUGACAAGAUGGUAGACGAACCCGCUGCUCCAGUAAAUGACGAUGAGGACGAUUGGAUUGCGCCUACGAAACCAUUUCAGACUUGGCAUAGCAAGCCUUCGGAAUCUGGGCUCCAGCCGACAGCAGCAAAACUGGCUUCACCGAGACCUGCAAUGCACGUCAAGUCAAUUUCAACUACAGAAAUACCAUCGCCUUCGAGAACAGAAAUGGCGAGCCCUCGGCAUCAGAAAGCCAUAUCUGUCUCACACCCCAAUCUCGCAGAAGUAUUAGAAUCUACAACACCUGCUGGCUCACCGUCGAGAAAGACAAACGAUGGCCACCUCAGCGCGUCGAAGAACAGACUGUGGUCUGCGUUAAAGUCAGCCAAGAGCAUUUUCGCCUCAUCGGCCAGUGCUAGUGCUGCAGCGAAGUUGGAGGCGCAUAACGACUCUCCUGUGCUGGCGCGUUCACCUACCCGUGAUGGUGCCGAACAAAGCAACAAGAUCUUCAACCUCCCUGGUGCGUUAUGGUCGCAAAAGGACGUCCUUCAAAGUCCGGUCAGGAACAAUUCUGUAAUUUCUUUCAGUCCAAGCCGAAAGACGCGAAAUUCCAAUGAGAGUGAAAAGAGGCGUGAGAAAGAGCUCAAGGCGCAGGAGAAGGCUGCUGCUGAGUUGGAGAAAGCACGUGAAAAGGAGCGACAGAAGGCUGCUAAACAGCAAGCUGAAGAGGCAGCAAAAGCUGAAAAGGCUGCAAAGGCGGAAGCAGUCAAGGUUGAAAAGGAGAAGCAGCAGGCGGCGAAGGCUGCCGCAAAUGCUUCACGACCUCAAUCGGCGAACAGUGAGAAGGCUUCCGACAGCGAGACUGCGCCCCAACCGCCGCCGAAGAACAGCAUGCUUCCGGCUGGUAAGUUGAGGGCUCCAGGCAGACUUAUGAGGCCAACGAAAGCGUCAUCGCAGACCACGCCGGCACCUGUCGCAGUUCGCAUGCCAUCGCAAGCGCCACGUGCUGGACCAGCUCCUUCUUCAUUCAGCAAAUCACAGCAUGAGACUCUGGCCUCGUCAACAAGCAGCUAUGCAGGACCACGUGCCGGCUCUGCUCAAGGGUACAGGCCGGGCACUGCUGGCGGCAAUGCUCGUCUGAAGGCACUGGAGGCUGCAGCCCGGAAGAAAGAAGCCGAUGAGAAAGCUGCUGCUAAAAAGGCUGAGCAAAAGCGCGAGCUGGAGCGCAAGCGCGCUGAGAAGGCCGAACAGGAGAAGAGAGCGGAGGAGGAGCGCAAGGCCGCAGAGCAACAGCGCGUGCAAGAAGCCAAGCAGGCUGCUGAGCGUAAAGCGGCAGAAAAGCGCGCUGCAGAAGCACGGAAACGUGAACAAGAUCGCGCCGAGCAACAGAGGAGAGAUCAGGAGCGUCUCGACCAACAACGCAAAGAGCAGGAUCGUCUCGAGCAGCAGCGAAGAGAUGUCGAACGCCUUCGACAAGAAGAGGAUGCACGAAAGGCGAAGGAAGCGCACGACUUGGCGGAGGCCAUCCGCCGCGAGCGCAGUCAACAAGCCCAGCAACAUCCGCGUGGAGAUCUGCCUGGGACCUUGCGACAGCUCGGUAAGAACACUGUGCCGACGAAUCCUGCCAAACCUGCGAAGCGCCAAUUCCCUAUCGAGGAAGAUGAUCAUCAGCCUCAACCACAGCGCCCUGGCAUUCUGCGCAACGCGCCGUCGUAUCAGCAGACCGACGCGAAGCGACGACGAACGAACGAGGAGCAGAAUGACCAGAAUCAGCGCACAUCGGUGAUGGCACCACCAAAACGGCCAUCCACCAUGCGCAAGGAAACAUUGUCAAAGUUCUCUGGAUACACACAUGCGCCGCCUCCAGCUCCUCACCACGCCAGCAUGUUCAAAUCCACAGUCACGGCGCAACAUCAAAUGCAGCAUGGCAGCAAGCCAAUGCACCCGAGUCAGCUUGUCCAAACAUCAAGCGCACGGAUUCCUUUCGCCGACAGCAACGCCAAGACACCUGGUCAGGCUUCACACUCCCAAUACGCAUCGGGCUAUGAUGCAAGCAAAUUUAAAACACCCUCGAGACCAAUGCAAGCUCCCAAGUCUGCCAAAUCUACGCCUCACUAUCCUCAAGGCGACAAUAUUGAGCUUCCUGACAUCGCUACCGAUUCCGAAGACGAAGAAGAUGACGAUGAUGAGCCUGGCGGCUUCCGUGCACCCUCAUGGACAGCUUCGCCGGCUCUUCGAGAGCUUCUCACUCAGCAACAACUCAUGGAUCCUGAGGCAGUAUUUGGACCUAUUGGUGAAUUAAAGAUGGAAGAGGUCUUCAAGAAUGGUAAGAACCAGGAUCGUCUGAAGCGGUUCCGCGAUCGUGGCAGUAGCGCCAUGUGGAUUGAGACUGGUGAUGCUGUCACGAGUGCAGAGAAGCGGAGAGAUAUGGAAUUGAGAGAGAGGGUUGUGAGAGAAGGUGGUUGGAGAUAUGAGCCUGGUGUUUGAUGGGAGCUCGUGAGCUUGGAUACUGGCUUUGCAGGCCGUUGGCUGAGGCCUUUUUGACGAUGUUAAUGACGACUAUCUUGCAUGACUGGCAGAGCUCUUUCGAGCCGCCCUCUAGACCUUUCGUUAGGCUGGCGUUGGGUUUGCGGAAGAGCAGGGGAAUUGGACUUGGGGGUUUUCCGGCGGAUGGGACCAUGUUCGCUCCCUGACAGCUUCUUUGUCUAUUCCGAUAGAGUCUGACCGGCUCAGUGAAGCCUUUUCAAAAAGCUUAAUCAACAAUUUUGUACACAGUCUUUGAAAUCGUGUGCCAUAUUUCUGAUAUCAUGAGGACAAUGUGACAUUAGUGAAG